GCUGAUGAUAUUGCGGCUCUUUGAACCGCCUAGGGCUAGUCCGGCCCGACAAAUAAGCUUCCGGCGCUCCUCUCCGCUCCAUCUCUUGGACCUCGGCAUACCGACACGCCGGCAAUACAUCAUGCUGCAGAUGAAAUGCCUUGAUUUAUAUAAAACCAAAACUCGCCAUAUCUGUUCAAUCAUUUAGUAUCUACAUACGAUAUUUCAAUGGAUCUACGCUAAGUGCUGCUCACCAUGCCUCUUCUAACGCUCCACCUUCUAUCUCUUACCCCCAACACCGACCCAAGAAGCUUUGUGAAAGAGCUUAAGAAGUCCCCAGGCGUCGAAGUCGUGGUCUUCUCCCGCCCAAGGCAUGUGGUCGUCCGUUCUAACAUCCUAGACGGUAACCCACUACAAACUACAAAAUGGGACCUGCUAGUCCUCCUACGAUCUCCUCAGAACUCAAUUCCCGCUCCCCUUCGAGCUGCUUAUAUUAUAAGUGAGUAUUCCGUCAACGUGGGGAUUCCGUCAAAGUUGAUAUCAACAUAUCCAAGCCGCGCUGAGAAGUUGAAACGUGGAGCUACUUCGGUACCCAUUACGGGUUCUCUGGAUGCUGCUCGGGGUAAACCUUCGUCUCAGAACCUGGAGCUCUCGCCUGAUCUACUUGGGUUCAUGGAUGAGCUAUUGAAGACGCAUGACAAGCCUGUGACUAUGCUUAAUCUUCUACAUUUCCACCGUGGUGGGAAACCUGAGUACUAUAAAUAUGGGCAGGGAUUCGUUAAGGUUGCCGGUAGAAUUGGUGGUGAUGCGAAAUUGGUUGGUAAUGUCGUUAAACCUGCUGCGGGCCUGCGCGAUUCUCGGGGAGACCCAGACCGACCUGAGGGAGACUGGUGGAACGAGAUUGCUAUUGUUCAUUAUCCGUCCAUCCGACACUUCUGCGACAUGUUGGCUUCAGAUGAAUAUCAGGAUAUCAAUUCCAAGCAUCGGCUGAAUGCUUUGAGGGAUACCUUUCUUCUGUGCACUACAGAAUUUGAUGUUGAGGAUGACGAGCUGUCCGCGAAGCUGUAGUAAUUUUGGCAAAUCCGUAUGGCUACCAUGAUACACAGUCACAGCCGGCCUGAAGUUUCUAACUAGUAUUGAAUGAUUCUUUAACCAGAGCUGAAGGGUAAUAUAAUAUUCGUUCCUGCUAUUAAAAAUUUUACCUUCACCGAGUACACUUCCAAGCCGCUCGCUUUCCGGUUGUAGUUAUUGAAACAAUCCGCAAGCUGCUAAAUAGGAAUAGCCGUCGUUAAUGUAUUUAAUUGGUCCUUUGGCUAGCGACCCGAAUCUCUAAAAUAUUAUAUAGUCCCCAAUCAUGUAUUGUUAUUUUCUCAAUUCUUGAUCACGAAACGCUGGGUCAACUGCUCUCACAAAUCUGCAACAGCUAGAUAUAUCGUAGCUCAAGAGGCGGGAACAAUCUUAAAUCUGUGCUCCGCCUGCGAAUAAAUAUGCCUUGGCCCUUCAUUCCUUCUUCCUGUGCAGACUGCGCUCAUGACAAGAUUUGUG